CGGGAAAAUAUUUCGAAGCAUAUCGCAUACGUCUUUCAAAAUCACUGUGAUCAUCGACGAGAUACUAGAGAAAAAAAGAAGUGAGGAAAAUAAAUAUAAGUUUAGUGAAGGCUAUCUAAAGUGAUCUAUUAAUGGAAUCUGUUAAUGAAAAGAAAGACGUUCGCACAGAGGAGGAUGUGCGUCAGAUUUUAGAGCUAGCUACAAUUAAAGAAUCCGAUUUAAAUUCUACGACACAAUGCCUUUAUCCUAUGCAAGAUCAUAAAAUUGAUGACUUAAUAUUAUUGGAGGUGGACAAGCAUAUAUGGGAAGCAUUAAAUGAAGGAGACACAGUAUCAUUCCGUGGUAACAAGCAUGAUGACGCUAUAUUGUGCACAGAAACUCGGACCUAUGAAAUCAAAGAGGCAGAGAUAUCCAAUUCAUGGUUGUUGAUACCAAACUUGAAGCUGAGCAAGGCAACAAGUGCAGAAGAAGUAACCGAAAGAACUGUAGAGAGACGAAAUAUAAAGAAGAUAUUUACCUCGUACUAUGAGGUGAAAGAAACCAAACCUAAUUUGGCAAAUUUGUCCAUUCUUCUUAACUCGUCAUCUUUUAAUGGUUUGGAAAAUGAAUCUAUGAUAGAUAGAAGGACAUUAUACAGUUGGGAGAGAUUACAAAGUGAGUUACAAACCAGUGAUUGUGAAUUGAAACAGGCUUUAGCGGAUUUCUUAAUAGCUGACAUAGAUGGCUAUUUGCGUCUUAUAUCAUUUGAUAUAGAAGCAAGAAGUCUGAAUUUUAUGUUGGAUUAUUUCGGAGAACAGACUUGGGAAUUAGAUGAAGUAAAUAAAGAAGAUACAUUCGAAUGUCUAAAGGAGCUUAUUUAUGAGCCAGUAUUUAAUGUUAUAUUCAAAAAAUAUACAGAAAUAAGCACAAAGACAAAAAGUGAUAAUAGUCCAUUAUACAAAUAUGAUGAAAGAAAAUGUUGUGCAACGAUAGCAAAAAUUCUUCUUGCUGCUUCUCCUGUCACAGAGUACAAAGAAUUUAUGGAAACAUGGAACAUUGGUACCCCUGAAAAGAUGUAUCCGAAAGAGGAGUAUUUAUGUGGAUCUGCUCUUGUAAUGUAUAGCACCUCAAAAAAUCAGAGGGAGAUUGUAUCUUGCCCAGAGGCAGAUUUACCCAACAAUAUCCAUGAUAGACUUAAUGAACUUUUCCAAAUUAAGGCUAAAUGGACUGUUGAAGAGAUAACACCUUAUAUCAUCCGUUUUACAAAAGGUACAAUGAAUGUUAAUGCACUUUUAACAAAAUAUGCUAGAUGUUCAACAAAAAAUGGAUUAAAGUAUUAUGGAUCAAAACAUGGCAAGUGAAAUGUUGUAGUAAUUAUAUUCGUGGGAAUAUUAAGAUUCCUUGCAGAUGAGAUUGAGUUCCCCAGGAACACAAUAAAGAUAUGCGCACAAAUAUAAUACUUUUUUUAUACCCAUAAAGUAUUCGGAUUUUGUAAAUACAUCGUACAUAUAUAUGCACAUAGUGCC